AUGCAUACAUAUGGGAUGCCAACUGCCGUAAAACCCAGAAAUAGAAGAAGAACUGGCGGUUUACCACUGCUCCACCAAAGAAGAAGAAGCUCAGUCGCAAUCACUUCAUCUGUAACAAUGGCAGCCGCCCUGAGAGGAAGCUUGGUAACAUUGGUCAAGGGCCUGAGCGGCCCCCGGUGGCAGCAGCUGGCCUCUCGACCAUUGAGUGUGUCUGCUGCUUUGUGUGGCCCAGAAGCCCCACCCGCCCGUGCUGAUGCUACCUUCAAGGUCACAAUGGUGCCAGGGGAUGGAGUGGGACCUGAGCUGAUGACUGCUGUCAAGGAAGUGUUCAAGGCAGGAGAUGUCCCAGUAGAAUUUGAGGAGUUUCACCUGAGCGAGGUACAGAACAUGGCCAGUGACGAGAAGCUGGAGCAAGUGUUAACCUCAAUGAAGACCAACAAAGUGGCAAUGAAAGGAAAGAUUCACACACCCAUGGAAUUUAAAGGGGAGCUGGCUUCAUACGAGAUGAGACUGAGGCGUAAACUGGACCUGUUUGCUAAUGUGGUUCAUGUGAAUAGCCUGCCGGGCUACAGCACUCGCCACAACAACCUGGACCUGGUCAUCAUCCGCGAACAGACCGAGGGGGAGUACAGCUCCCUGGAGCACGAGAGUGUGACGGGUGUGAUCGAAUGUUUGAAGAUCAUCACCAGAGAUAAGUCACGGCGCAUCGCCAAGUUCGCUUUCGAUUACGCCACCAAGAAGGGACGAAGCAAGGUCACAGCUGUUCACAAGGCCAACAUCAUGAAAUUAGGUGAUGGCCUGUUUCUGCAGAGCUGUGCAGAGAUUGCCCAACUGUACCCCAAAAUCAAAUAUGAGACCAUAAUCAUUGAUAACUGUUGCAUGCAGCUGGUCCAGAACCCAUACCAGUUUGACGUGCUGGUGAUGCCCAACCUGUACGGUAACAUCAUCGAUAACCUGGCAGCGGGGCUGGUUGGAGGAGCAGGAGUUGUUCCUGGGGAAAGCUACAGUGCAGAGUAUGCUGUGUUUGAGACUGGUGCACGCCACCCAUUUGCACAAGCUGUAGGAAGGAACAUUGCCAACCCCACAGCCAUGCUGCUGAGUGCUGCUAACAUGCUCAGGCACCUCAAUCUGGAAUAUCACUCCCAAAUGGUGUCAGAUGCUGUCAAGAGGGUCAUCAAACAGGGAAAGGUACGGACACGAGACCUUGGCGGGUACUCUACCACUGGCGACUUUGUGCGUGCUGUUGUGGAAAACCUGCGUCACCAACCUGUUAACUAAGAUGUAUCGUCGCACUCGUCACUGAUAUUUCCUUAAAUCUGGACAUUGUUCUUAACAUGAACUAGACGCAUGUUAAGACUCCCCUCACCUCUCAUUGCCAGAUGACCGUUGUGCCACACAUUUUUGACAAACGCCACCAGUUGCAUCAUAAUAUAUAUGGUUUAUACCAGAUUUGCUAAAAGAUCCAGUGGAAUCAAUGGUGCCUUGUGUUGUAAUUUACUAAAAUAUGUGCAGUUCACGAGGCUUCCUCUCAUGGAUUUACAUCAUAUCUAUAUUAUCUUCCCUCAUAUUAACUGUCCAUCCAAUGCAUCUUCUACUGUUGCAGUUUUUACUUGACUGAUUGAGAUCAUCUUUUCACUCAUUCUGGGGGACCUUUGUGUCCACUUAUUUUGAUGUCUUGGUGCUUGUUGCAUCAACCAUGUUGACCAUACAGACUACCUCUCUGCUAUCACACAUACAGUCUGUAAAGCAACCAGUUUAUAUUGGCUGAUCUGCUUUUGCCUCACACUUCAGCAGCAACUUACCUCACUUGUAUCUCAUUUGCACAUUGUAAAUCAAUAUACACUAUGGUAUCACUGCUACAUCAUGAUCAAAUAAGACCGUAAUAUUUCCGACCUAAAAAUGUGUUCACGUUUUUAAUAAAACUCUGUUCUGCCAUUGCAGUACUGUAAAGCCAGCAGAGUUUUUUUUUGCAGUGAGUUACUGUAUUGCAAAGGCAAACCUAUCCUAAUGCAAAAUUCAGGUUUGUUGCUGGAUAUUAUCAAUACAAAUGAUAUUUUAACAUUAGCCUUUCAAGAAAACCAAAAAUAUAAUACUUUCAGGUAUUACUCCAUUGACUGAGUAAAAAAAAAAAACUGGCAGGUGUUAUAACCAAUUUAGAAAUGGUAUAAUCAUUUAUUUUACAGUUUAAUAGCCACAGAAAAUCUCCCUUUAUGAUUGUCACAUUUCCCCUAAAGCCAGUCCAUUGUGUAAAUGUUGUGCAGUGCACAACAUUUACACAAUGUUGAAUUAUGAAUUGGUAUACUGCAGAUUAUCUUAAUUUUUAGUUUUGUAGCAAAAAAAUGAAUUAAAUGGGUGAAGUCAUACUUUUGAUAUAUUUAUAUAUCAUUUCCAAGGACUCCUAAAAACAAGUCUUGUAUAAGAUGGUGCUGCUCGUUCCCACAGAACUUUUCAUGCCACCAAUGCUGAAAGAGUUUAAAACACUGCUCGGUCUCCUCACUUUGGCUGUCAUUCUUUUUUUCUUACUGUGCUACAAUUUAAGACUUCAAGUAGUCGGUUAACCACAAAUAAUAAGAAAUAAAGUAAGAUAUAAGUCAUUGAACUCUUGUUUUGACCUUGUGGUGCAAUCUACUUUUUUAUUUUUAUUUUUUUUUACUUUCUAGAGAAUGUACCACCACCAGUGUAAACUGCAUCAUGUCCUUUUUUUAUUUUUUGUUCAUGAAAUUUAGUUUCCCUGAUUAGGGAAUAGUUUUCCCUAAUGAAUAUGUUAUGGAGAUUUCAUACCUGCAACUUCUCAAAAGUGUGACGUCAUUUUGAAUAAAUAACAUUGUCUUUUCUUAAUAA